CGCCGCCGGAGAGGGAGAGAGUGGCCCUCUGCAUACGCUACUUGGCAUAGCAACCAGCAUUGCGAUCUGCGAGUUCGCGGCGGCGCCGGCCAUGCAGCAAGAGCUCGCCGCGCUGGCGUACCAGUCGGCCGGUUUCGUCGGCCUCCCGACGUCCUACCUGCCGCCGCACCCGCACGACGUGGACGUGGACCUCGUCGACGGGUGGUUGGUCGGCGGCAGCGCCGGGGCUGGCGACAAUGGCCACGGCCCGCCGUCGUGCGGCAGCGGCCUGAGCCACGUCGCCGACGCCGUGAGCGAGACGAGGAAGGCGAGGCGGCUGGCGUCGAACCGCGAGUCGGCGCGGCGGUCGCGGAUGCGGCGGCGGAGGCAGCUGGACGAGCUGUCGGCGUGCGCCGCGGAGCUGCGCGCGGCCAACCAGCGGCUCGUCGUGGAGCUGAACCGCGCCGAGGCCAGGCACGCGCAGGUCGUCCGGGAGAACGCGCGGCUCCGGGAGGAGCUCCGCCGCCUGCGGGAGAGGCUCGCCGCCGAGGAAGAGACCACCGAUCGAGCGGGAGAAGACGCCGGCGACGAAGCUGCUGCCGCAAGAACGCCGUAGGAUCCGUGCGUACGUACGCACGUGCUCGCGAUCGUAGUAUAUGCACCUAGGACGAUGGUACCAUAGCAUGUCGGGAGAAGAUUAAUCACGGGACGUGUGGAUAUUCAUGUAGCUGGAUUAUUAUGUUUUCAUCGAUCGGGCUCUUGGGAUUGUUCA